AUGGAAUCCAUGCGGAAGACCACCAAGCCAUGGCAAGACCCCAAACGAGGCAAACGUCGUGUGCAGAGAAAGCCCGCCACCAACAAGCAUGUCAAGGUCCCCUAUGUAUGUCAUCGUGUCGAGGCGAAGAUGCAGAAACUGGCCAGUCAACUUUGGGGUUUGGGCUCAUCGGUGCAACAGUAUGAAAUGCCACAAGUACUUGCAGCCGCACGACUAUCAUCCCGUGUUCUUCAUGGGUGCUGGCAACUCACAGAUUCCUCUACAUGUUCAGGCAUCCAUUCUCCUACGUGCGACGGUUGGUGUCAAGGAAACUGCAAAUCAUCUCAUGUUCGACAUCGCAAAGAAGCCAGUAGAAACCUCAUUUACAAGAAUCUCGAGGUCGCCAAGAGCACGUACAUGCUUGCCAAAGAGAAGAAUUUCACCUACGGUGGUUGGCGGGAUGUCGAAGUGGACGAAGUGGACGUGGGGAGGUUCGUAGAUACCUCCAUCCAGGCUGUGAAGAACACUUCAUGGGAGCAGCGGGGAUACUGCACUCGGACAGUGCCCGCGCAUACGCCAUGA